AUGAAUGUAACAGCCAGCCAUCUCGCAGUGGCUAUCGCACUUGUGAUUGCAUCCAAGAUUCUUUACAACAUCUACCUGCACCCGCUUCGUAGCUACCCAGGCCCAAAGCUAUGGGCCGCAACCCGCCUCACCUGGACGCACGCUAUGCAGUCGGGUCAAUACCAUCGCAAGCUACACGAAUUACACACUAGAUACGGUCCAGUAGUCCGUAUCGCGCCCGACGAGCUCUCGUACACGACCCCCGACGCAUGGAGAGAUAUCUACGGCAAUCGCAGCAUCCCCAAGAACGCCGUCUGGGCAGGCCAGGAGGAACAGAAACAUCCAGUCAGCAUCGUGAGCACAAAUGAAGAGACACACCUGCGGAACCGGCGGGCGCUGACAGGCGCGUUCACCGAGCAUGCCAUCGCCGAGCAUGCAUCUGUGCUUGAAGACUUGGUGGGACUCAUGGUCACGAGGUUCAAGGAAAGCAUCACAAGCGCCGACGGGAAGACUGUGGUUGAUUUGGUGGACUGGACGAACUUUCUCACCUUCGACAUCUCUGGCUUGCUCUCCUACGGAACGUCGUUCUCGAGCGUGUCACACGGCCGCGCGCAUCCUUGGGUCGAGAUCUCGUGCUCGUUCGGCAAGGGCAUUGCGCUGAUGGCGUCAAUCAAUUUCUUUGCGCCGCUGAACAGGGCGCUGAAGUUUGCGAUGCCAAAGUCCGUCAUGGAGAAAAUGGAAUACCACAAGCAGCUUGCGCACGAGAAGUUUAUGCAGAGGUUGGCGAUGGAUGACGGAAGAGGGAAGCAGGACUACGUGGGUAGCAUCAUGGCGUAUAACGCGGACAAGGGCGAAGUCAAGAUUCCGGACGAGGAAAUUGAGGCGAACAUGACAUUGUUGAUUUUUGCGGGAAGUGAGACGACGAGUACGGCGUUGGCGGCGGUGCUGACGCAGCUGUUGCAGGCUCCCGCUGCACUGGAAAGCUUGGAGAAGGAAGUGCGGGCAGCAUUUCAGAGCGAGGAGGAUAUUAAUAUUGAGAGUGUAGCGAGGCUCGAGUAUCUCGGAGCGGUUAUUCAAGAGGGCAUUCGCAUGGGGCCUCCAGCGUCGAUAGCGUUGCCGAGGGUGACGCAGAGAGAGGAAAUUGUGGCAGGGCAACGUGUGCCGAGUGGGACCUUUGUAUCAGUGAACCAGUAUCCCACGUUUCGAUCUCCAAGCAACUUCACGCAACCCGACUCGUUCAUACCCGAACGCUUCUUGUCCGGCUCGCCGUUCGGUUCGGAUAGACUCGAAGCAUUCCAUCCCUUCCUGAUGGGUCGGCACAAGUGUAUAGGACAGAAGCUGGCGUUGACAAUCAUGAGGCUUACACUUGCAAGGCUAGUGUACGCGUUCGACAUGAGAGUAGUGCAGACUGUGCGUGAUUUUGGCGAGCAGAACACGUACAUAUUCUGGGAGAAGAAACCACUGCGGGUGGAGCUUAGGUUGAAGGCUGGAUCCUCAGGCGCCGCGGCAUGAAAAUCUUGCAUGUGCGUUAUAUCAUAGGACUGCGAAAAGUAUUCAUCUGCCGUAGUCUUCUAUUGACAUGUUGCCGAAUGACACCGUAAAGAGCGAGUCGCCGUACUGAUGG